ACUUUCAUUACCUCCAAGAAAUUCAUCCGGCGAGGCCAUUUUUCUAUCAUUGCCAGCUUCGUCGUCCCAGGUGAUCCUUGGCCAUCGUACGAGCGAGAGCCACGCACCCGGUGGACACCAGAAUUUCGAAACACCAUUUCGGAGGUCCGCGAAGGGCUGUGUGAAAACGCGGACCAACUUGUGAAUUAUGACGACGAAAGCGAGAGGCCUCCACGAAUCAACGCCCUGGAAGAAUCCGAAAAUGCGACCGCAACGAUUCACGUGACUUAAAAAAAAGAAAAAGUCUCGAGACAACGCGUCGAGAAUACAUACAGAUCUCGUCUCCCGAUCGAACAAAGGAAGAAUAAACGACGAAACGAGUGAACAAUUUAGAAAAUCAAAAUUUCCGAAUUUUUCGGAAGAUCGACUGUGAUUCGAAGUAUUCGUAUUUUUCGUUUGGUUUUGCUGUGAUAAUUAAUUCGUACUUGUUCGAGGAGAGACGUUCUUGCAACGCUUAGAUCGAAGUAACGCUAUUUAGGUAACGUCGAUCAUGAUUAGUUGAGGUCGAUCGUCGACUCGUGUAACGAUCUUGCUGGCUCAAGUGUUUUUGGUGUCGAACGUAUUCCGAAGAUGACGAACCGCACGUGGAUCUGCAUUUUAUUCGCGUGCAUCGCAAUCGGCGGGGCGCGAUCCUCGGCUAACGUUUCGGAGAACCCUGCGCAGGAUCUGCUAGCGAAUCAACGCACCAGGACUGUAUUGGAAGCUGAGAGAAACGACAAAAACUGGACCACCCUGUCCGAAGCACUGGAUAUUUUUAACGUGCGCCAUCUUGCCAGCAAUUGGACCGAGGGGAGAUAUCCUGUCGAUGAACAAUGCGCCAAAGACAUCACCAGAUACAUCCAGGGACUGAAGAGGAACGAGAGAUGGGCACUGAAAGCGGAUGACGCUUCGGGUCGUUACGGCAACGGUUUCUUCUGGGGAAACUCUUACUACGUCGGAUCGUCCACCGAAUGCGUCUACAUCAACGAAGACUAUGGAAGGCCGAUCAAGAAAGCGCGUUCGGGUGCCUUGAUGGAGGAACUGGACGUGUUCAACGCGGAACCGCGGAAGAGGAACACCGGUCCCAGCGAGAACAAUCUCUGGAUCGACAUGAAAGUGGACAAGCCACCGUACAAAUUAGGAUUUUACAUGAUGACCAUUUCGAUAAACGCCACUGUGGCGCCUGCGGUAAUAGGCUUGACGCGAACGAUUUAUCUAGGAGUGUGUCUGCCGUUCUCGUGUUCCGCAUCCGAUGUCUCUGUGAUAGCUAAACUCGCUGGGAGUUCUCUCGCCGCGCGGCAUUCGUCGAUUGAAAAGAUUCGGGACCAGCACGACAUGUACAACAUGUACGAGGACCCUGUGUUCUGGAUUUUAUUUGGUGUAACCGCCGUAGUUUUCGUCUUGAUGGCGUUUGGUACCGGAUACGACAUCUACGUAACGAGAAAAUAUUCACGCAGGAACAUUAUUUACGAUCUGGAGAGGCACGCGAAACUGGACCAGCUGGCAGGCAGAAAUCAAAAGCCACUAAACGCUUCUCAAGGUAAGGUCUACCUUCCUGUUCCAGCGACCGAUGCUACCAUCAACCGACAAGCGCAGGCGGUUAAUAACAACAACGAUCACGAAGGUAGUCUACGCUCGACUACUUCCGAGGAACACAAAUUCGGCGUACUCGAAGAAUUGUUGCUGUCCUUCUCGGUGCUCACCAACGUGAAAAUCAUCUGCGACAAUAAGGUCGGCGGCGAUACGAUCAGCACGAUCCAUGGUCUGAGAGUGAUAUCGAUGACUUGGGUGAUCCUCGGCCACACCUGCAUCACCGCGUUCAAGUUCUCCGACAACAUGGAGUAUCGGAAGGUCGUGGAAAGAAAGUUCCUUUUCCAAACGAUCUCUAACGGCGCUUUCAGCGUCGACACGUUCUUCUUCAUGGGCGGGCUGCUCGUCAGCUUUCUGUACUUCAGAACGAACGCGAAGGGAGACUUGAAGACGCUCACGCAGGGUACACGGGGCCUCGUCUCGGGCAGUUUGAAGUUUAUCGGGCUGCUUCUUUACCGAUUCACUAGACUCACGGCCCCGUACAUGUUCGUGCUGGGCGUAGUUCAGAUCGCUAUGAAAUGGUUCCACUCGAACUCUGUGUUCGAGCCUCCUACCGCUGAUCAUUACAAUUGUCCCAAUUAUUGGUGGAGGAAUUUACUUUAUAUCAAUACCCUGUUCCCGGUCGACCAAAUGUGCAUGAUUUGGAGCUGGUACGUCGCGGACGACACUCAAUUUUACGUCAUCGGCGCCGUGAUACUAAUCUUAGCAACGAACCACUUCAAGAUCGCGACAUUCGCGUUGAGCACUCUUUUACUCAGUUCCUGGUUAACGACGGGCUACAUCGCCUUGGCGAACAACCAUAUGCCGAGCUCCGACGACCCGUUGGCGCUUUUCGAUAAAAUCUACGACAAACCGUGGACCAGGCUGGGCCCUUACCUCAUAGGCAUGUCAAUGGGUUACUUUCUUUUCAAAACUGAUUGCAAAGUGAAGAUGACCAAGACGACGGUCUGCGUGGGGUGGCUUCUCUCUUCGGCGUGUCUUUUGAGUCUGUUGUACGGCUUGUACGAAGCAGACCUUAGUCCCAUAAUGGCAGCAGCUUACUCCUCGUUAAGUCACAGCAUCUGGGCAUUUGGUUUGUCCUGGAUCGUGAUGGCGUGCAGCACAGGUUACGGAGGGUGCGUGAAUAGUAUUCUAUCAGCACCGAUCCUGUAUCCAGUCAGUAGAAUAACAUACUGCGCUUACUUGAUACAUCCGCUUGUGAUUCGACUAACAGCUUUGAACUUGGACUCGCCGUUUCAUUUAGGAAAAUACACUAUGAUGAUAACAUUCCUUGGACAACUGGUUCUGUCCUAUGUGUUAUCGUUCAUCAUAUCGUUGUCUUUCGAGGCUCCUAUAGUGAGCAUGUUAAAGAUACUUUCUCCGAAAAAACGAAAACGCAUACAAUGAGGCAACGGCAUAGCCGUUAAGCAGAACACACGUCUCGUUAAGUUAUUUAUAUAUGUUUUUAUUGUAUGUAAUUGAUGUAAAAAAAAAAAACCAAGAUAUCAUGUAUCAACGAGAGAACAUUGACACGAUACAAACAUGGUGUAAAAUUCACGUGCGCUUUUGCAUUGCCGCAAAAACAUGUAGUCUUAACUUUUCUAUGUAAUGUUACUUAUAAAAUAAAUUAUUUGUCUUUG